AAUAACAAUUAAUAAUCAGUCACGAGCUAACUGUGUCAUUAAAUUCCUACAGUUUUUUUUAUUUGUUCGAAUUACUUUCCCACAGUCUGUGAGGUCUUAUUGUUGGUCAUACAUAAUUGACUUGAAUAUCAUGUGAAAACUUGCUGAACUAAUUGUACCGAUAUCGCGAAUCUCGAAGUGUAAUGACAGAGAGUAAAAGGAUGUGGGAACUAUGGUCGCUUGAUUACCUGAAGACAAAACUAGACGUUAAAAGCACCAUAAACCUUUUCCUAAUUCCUGUCAUAGCUCUAACUGGCGAUACAGCUAUUGGUUACAUAUAUCAUUACGAAUCCUUAAUUUUAAAUUGCUUUGUUGAUAGUGCAACUCAUUUCAUGAUAGCAUCAUUUUCGUGGAACUAUGUGGGAAACUUAUCCAUUAAUAAAAGGUCCCACAUGUUUGCUGUUUUUAUGUGUGGCCUGCUUGCUUCCCUAAUUGAUAUAGAUCAUUUUAUAGCAGUAGGGACCAUGGAUCUCCAAGUAGCCACAAGAUUACUUCACAGACCAUUAUUGCAUUGCACAACUGUGCUUUCAGCUGUUGCUGUUCUAUUAGCAUUGCUUUCUAUCAAAAUCCAUUCCAUCCCUUAUCUGAAACUAUCUUUGAUAAUAACAACUGCAGUCUGGACACACCACUGGAGGGAUGGAUAUCGGCGCGGAAUUUGGAUUUGUCCAAUCGGUUCUACUCCACCGUAUGGGUACGUCCUGUACCUCGUCGGUCUCAUAGCUCUGCCUUUGGGUUUACACUUUAUAUUGCGGUUUACCAGUGAACUAGUCCAAAAAGCCAAGAAUCAAGACCUACAGCAAGUUUACUUAAUAUAAUAUUGCUAUUGCCCCUAAUUAAUCCUGUUCUGCCGUUAAUAGUACAAUUGUUUCCUUUUCAUUGUAAAAACUGUACAAACAGAGUCACAUAACUUGUUUCUAAUAGAAUUUUUGAAAGGCAA